AUGCUACUUUUCAGGAAAUGUACAAGGGCAUUGCCGUCCCAUUAUGUGCCCUUGGUGCAGCUUCAAUACCUGCGUUCUCGACGCUAUUACUCAGGUUCAAAUGGCAUUAUUCAUCCGCGACUUCCGUCUGAUGAUACGGACACUACGUUAGACACAGGUACAGACACGAGUAGUGAAGUAAAAGACAGUUCUGGCAGGUUGGAGCACAAUUCUGUGCUCCCAAAUCACCAUUUCAUCGUCCUCGACCCUGAACAAACAGGACUACUGCCUAAAAGAGGUGAAACGGGCCGCUCCUGGAGGAAGGACAGGGAACAUGGUUCGCGCAGGAACUUGAAGACCAGAGAUGACCUGUCUGAGAAACCAGCCAAGAAACAGGAUAAAGAGAAGGUGACCGCGCGCGACCUCUUAGACGCCCUUGAGUGGAGCGGAGAGAAGAUGCUGCGGGAAGAAAAGCGGUCAACCUCGGAUGAAGAAACCAUAGGGGUAAUUAAUAACAUGCGCCCGGACCAGGCGGCGCUACAGAUGUCGCCUGAGAGAUUUGAACAGUUGCGGAAGGCGCUGGCCAAGUCGUUCAGCUACACGCAGCUGAGACUGUAUGCUUCCAAGCUGUACGGACUCAAGAAAACCAAUGAGACGAAAAAGGCUUUUGUAACAAAGGUUAUGCAAGAAUGUUGGAAGUGCAAGGUGGACAAGACUAUCUCCAAGAAGCAAGAUCUCAUUAUCAAACGUACCAUCGACCUCAGCCAAAAGGACAUGUACUUACUGCUGAUGACCGAUGGUGGCCGGAUUCUCCAGAACAUGGCGCGCACUGGAGCGUCGAUAGCUGCUGCGUUCACGGAAAACAAGCUCAUUAUACAUGCGUCCAAGUCGCUUGCUACAUACAUUGAGGCGUCCAUUGCCAGUAUACUGAACAGCAUCCAAUCUAGUCGUUUGUCCCUGUACGAGUUCGCAAAAGAACACACAGCCGUGCAGGACUCCAGAAGUCCACAAUACUCUCCUGAACAACUGUUGGCAAUGGUCUGCCGGGAGUGCUCGGUUCAUCAGGAAAAGUACCCCGAGGUACCUGGUUUGGUAGCUCUAUCUGCUCUCAGUCAGGAGAAACUGGCGGCGGCCAGGCAGCUACUUCUCUGGGCAUUUGACUACAAGCCCGAGGUAACUACAGACACAAUAUUCUGCGGUUUGGAAGAUAACCAAAUCACAUAUGCCAAGUACCCUGUGAGCGACCCAGAGUGGUUCAACUGGCUGGAGCGCAAAACCAAGUGGUUCCGGCUGCAGCAGGUGGAACACAGGCUGUCGCCGGAUAUGUCAGGCGCCGCGCCAGCCCCUGUGCCUGUGGUCCCGGAGAAUGUGCUAAACCAGGUCUAUGACUUCUGCAUGAGGCAGAGCACUGGCAAUGUUGCGGAGAUACAGAAUCAUGCCGCCGAGGCCAAGGUUCUGCGCGUCAGUCUUGGGCAGGUACUCACAGACGAAUCUGGUCAGCGUCAGAUGUUCCAACCACAAGCGCCCUAUAUGAACCAAAAGCUGCUGCAGCUCCCGCUCUAUUACCCUCUCGAAUCAGAGCACGACUACUACUCCGUCGACCAGCAUGACUACUUCCUGCAACUGCGAUAUGCACCGGUGCUGUCAGCCACGGGCUUCCGCUAUAACCUGCCGCCCCUAGAGCUCUGGUUUACUCUCGGCGAGAAUAAUAGAGUGGAGCCCCACACCGUUCGCUGCAUUAACCGUCUCGCGGAGCGCUCCGUCAUGCUCCAGCUGCCCGGCUCUCCGGUGGACUGCCGCGUCACGCUGGAGCGGGUGUCCGAAAUGGUCCCCCCGGGCGACGAUGCGUCCCACGAAUGGCUCCUCACGCACCAGCCUGCCCUGCAGCAAUACCUGGACCGCGUCACGCCCACCCUAGACCGCCACCUGCGCGCCCGCAUGCAGAACGUCGCACUUCCAGACCCCAUCCACCUGAACGUCGCGCUCCCGGGCAGUCCGCCGUCCCCAAUCCCUUACCGGUUUGUGUCCAUGGCCCACCAUCGCGUGCUCUCGCUCCGCUACCUGGACAAGUAUCGUGUCCAGUUAUCCACCGUCAGCGGCGGCCCCGCAGGCGGCAAGCAUUCUGAGCUCGACGUGCUCCCCGACGCCGUCCCCGACCGCGCCGCUUUCGCGCAGCUCAUCGCAGACGUCUCUAAACUUCUGUAG